GUCUGAGCUGGUUCGUACCAGGUCCUCGGUUGAGGGUCGCGUUGAGUCCAUGAUGUAAUUGCAUAAUUCCGAACAGUUCAGAAGAUCGAGGUGGUUUGUAGGGAUCGGUUAGGGAAAAGAAACAAACAGCAACCAUAAGGUAAAGAUAGGCAGUGUAAUACGAACUAAAAUGACGGAGGAGGAGGUGUUUACUGUGGCUCCAAAAGAUUCUGAGAAGGAUGAGCUUCUUCCAAGCCAUUCAAAAUCAUCGCCAAGCUCAGGCUGUACAUUCUGGUUGGUGUUUACAGCAGCUGUUAUAGUGUUCGGCUCGUCUUUUCAAUUUGGAUAUGGUACUUCGUGUAUCAAUGGACCAGAAAAGGUAAAAUCUACGGGAUACUGCUUUUAAACGCAUUGCAAUGAGCUAUUACUUAACAGAUGGUAUACUAUACAAAUGUUAUUUAUGGCUAUUUUAUUUUUGAGUUAAUUUUCUUAUUAAAAAAAAGACAACUCUAUGUUAGCGUGUAGAGUGGUAUGUUGCUUGCACCAGUCAGAUUGCUGCAUAAGGGUAUGUAUCUCACACCAAUCAGAUAGCAAGGAUCAUCAGUGAUUUCAAAAUGGAUGUUGUAAAUAUAGUGCAGUACUGAUAAAUGGAGUUAUGUAAUGUAUUUCUCAGCCAUCCGGUUUUUUUUGUGGAUAUUGCAAUUUUUAUUUGCACCCCCCAAAUAAAUGAGGAUAGUGAAGAGGAGAGAAAAAAUGAGGAGCUGAGAUGCAUCUUCAUACGUGUUUUUGAUUGCUACUUUUUGUUGAAUGCAUGUUCUUAAUUUGAAAAAGAUCCAGCUUCCUAUCACCUUCGUAUCACUUGCUCAUUCACUGAGCAGUUUUUUUUUGUUUUUUUGUAUUUUAUUUGUUUUUGGGUUUUUACAGUUUUUACAAGUACGCAAGAUACAUCACAAAUUUCUACAUGCAUAAAUUUACAUUAUGCUACUCUAUUACACAAAGAAAAUACCACUACACUGGACCACGAGAAUAAAAGAAAAAGAAAGAAAGAAAGAAAAAAAACAAAAAAAAAAGAGGCAUCGUGUAUUGAUAUAAAUAAUAAAUUAGUUCAGCUAUUGUUCUAUCAGUUGAAGGAGGGGUUUCCAUUUGUUGUAAUGGAUCGUGUGGCUUUUCUUAUGUAGUAUAAAUAUGUGUUUACUAUGACUUUCAUUUCCAAUAGGACAUAAGAAAUUAUUUCCGUGAGAACUCGAGUUUCAGCCAGUUAAUGUGGUCCACUGCUGUGGCAAUUUUUGCAGUUGGAGGAAUGCUUGGUGCUCUCAUCGGUCCAGUUAUUGCUGAUUCCCUGGGCAGGUAAUUUACCCCUGUAUUUGCUUUUGUGUGGUUGUGAAGCUGGUGAUGCAGAGGACUAUGACAGGUGAUAUUUCAGAAUUUCAGCCAGUUAUUCUCAGAGUCAAGUGAACUUUUUUUCUUGUUCAAUUGGAAAAGCUCAGCUUGCUUGAACUGAUUGUUCAAUUGAGAAAAAUGCAAGAGUCUCAUUGGUGAUUAGAGGUUUAGCUGAUUGAUAGCUUUUUGUUUUUUUGUGUGUUUUUGUUUGCUUUUGUUUGUUUUUGUGUGUUUUUUAGUGUUUUUGUUUGUUUUUGUUUGCUUUUGUGUGUUUUUGUUUGCUUUUGCAUUUUUACCAAUGUUACAAAGACAAGAUGUGUACUUCUCCAUGAAAUUUUCAGAUGGCUAUCAAGGAUUUUAAUAUCAGAGGAAGAUUGAAAAUAGAAAUAAUUUUUUGCCAAGGGGUGGAGCUCCAUCAUUAAAGCUGUUGAUAUUUUUUUUCAGGUUAUUUUUAGCAUGAUAUUUAUAAAAGCUAAGCUAUGUAUAGAUAAACAAAGAUGAUGUACUCAUAAUCAUACAAAAAUGUAUCUACUUUACUUUUGAUGACUCGUUGAUUUUACAUGAUCUGUUAGUCUCCUUUAAGAAACUCUUUCCUGGUUGUUCACUUGGUCGCACAAAAGCAAAUCAUUUUGGGAUGAUAGAGCCAUGGCCAUUUAGCUAUAAUCUAUGGCUAAUAAAAUUAUUGAUUCACAGCUUACAUAUGUAAAUCAGUUAUGUUUGCCAUGCAAAUUGAAAAAUUGACAGUCAAAGAAUGCAUGUGGCUACUUGUAUAGCAUAAUAUGAAAAGAAUUGAAAAGAACUAGAGGUUGUAUAAUGACGCUAGAAGGUAGUUUUGCAGAAUACUUGUCUCCCAUGCAAAACAGAAAACUUGACACAUCCUACAUAUUUACGAGUACCCUCUUCCAUAAGAGAAGAUGAUUCAAGAAUAGAUUGUCUAAUUGACAUUCAACCAAUAAUUAAACGGGAACAAAUAAUAAUAUUAACGAUAAUAAUAAUGGUAGCGAUAGCAGUUUAAUAAAAAUUUUCAAGGGGCUAGCUUCAUGGUUCUCCAAUCCUCUGGGCUGCAACAGUAGGUACCUGAGCUUCUUUUUAUUUCCCCUGUCAAUUAUAAAUAAUUUUCUUAUUUUAUUGCAAUUCCAUCUUUUGGGACUUUUGUUUCAUAAAAAAAGACAUUUGGCAUUUUAGGAUAUUUCAUUAAUUCACAUCUUAAGAUAUUCUGCUGUAACUAGUGAUUAUUUUCUUGGUAACCCAACAUAAUCAGUGGUAUUGUUACUAAUCUAAAGUAUAGUAGUAAGAAAUAUUAAUUUGUUAGGAAGGUUGCAUGUAAUUAGUAGCAUUUAGUAUUGCAUCUUUGAUCAUAUUAUUUAGUAUUGUAUCGCCACUUUAUAAAUAUUGUUUUUGUAAUUGAAAAAAAAAAAUUGUUUUAAGACUCUUUGACAGAUCAAUUUACUUUUGUCUUAUCCAGUAAACGAACUUUGUUGCUAAACAACCUCCCAGCCAUGGUUGGAUCUUUGAUGAUGUUUUUUUCAUACCAUGCAAAAGCUCCUUCAUUACUUGUCAUUGGACGGCUUGUGGUUGGAUUUAAUGGUGGUAAGUUUAUUUCUAAUAUUGGUGUACUUAUUGUAAAAUAACUGCACUAUACACUUACCAGGACACUUUUGUGUUUAAAAUCUUGUGUAAAAUUUGCCAAUCUUUGCAUACCUUAUAUCAUGACCUCAGUAUGAAGAUACAUCAUGUUUAUUGGGAGCAAGGAUAAACCACUCUUGGGAAGUGUUAUAAGUAUAAUAUUUUACCAGUCAGAGAUGGUUUUUUAAUCCUUUUUACAUGCCGUAUAAAUUAAUUUGAUCAUCAACGUAGUCUGCCUUUGUGAGCAUGUGUGCUAUGUCAAAAAAACUGUUGUCACUUUGCAAGGUGCUCCACUGUUGUCUAGCUGUUUACAGCAUUUUAUUCUGUUCUACCCUCUAUGUUAUUAUAUAUGUGAGAUUGAGUUAGUGAAGGAGCGAGUGAGAGUCAGUGUCUGUAAGUAAACAGGGAAAACAAGGCCCUUUUAUUGAAAUGUAUGUAGUGAAGAAGUAUGAAAUUUGUAGACUGAACUGAGUUUCUGCCUUAGUGUCCCUUUUUAAUGAAACUGAACAUUCAGUACAGGGGAAGACUGAGUAAUAUAAUGUUUGCAAUUGCAGAUUUUUAAAAUUCUUAGUUUUUAUAGUAUAGUCAUACAUAUACAUGUAUCUUUAUGUUAAAGAAUGUUGACCCAUAAUAGACAAACUAAUAGUAAGGAUAACUCUGUUAUGAAAAAUUUAAAGUACAUUAAAUAAAACCUCUGUUUGACAGUACAUGUGGAUGUAGAAGCAGCAAAACCCAGGUACUUAUUGCUGCUUUUAAAUGCAGGUGUAAAUACAGCUGUGGCCCCUGUGUACUUGUCAGAGAUUGCUCCUGUUAGAUUAAGAGGUUCUCUUGGUGUGCUUAAUCAAUUUGGAGUUGUCACUGGAAUUCUUGUGGGAUUUAUAUUUGGACUUACUCAGGUAUGUGCGUAAAAUCAGGGUGUGAUUAACUAUUUAUAAUAAAAUUAAUUUUUACAUGUCACUGUAUACAUGAAAAUAAUUUCCAAAAUACUUCCAUCCAUUGAGAAUAAUAUUAUUAGCAAAGCCUUCAGUGCCUACAUGUAGAAAAGCCCCAUAGGUAAGAGAAUACAGAACCAUACAUUAAGCCAACAUCUUUGUGCAUCUGUCCAAUCACACUUUUUUUCAGAUUGUGUCCCACCAUGUAUGAUAUAAAGAUUUAGCCAACCUGAAAAGCAGAACUCGAAUUAAUUUAUUUCACAGCCUUUCUCUUUUUUAAAACUCUUCAGCAUUGGCUGUUGAAGUGCUUAUUUAAGGGGGUUUAGGGAACAGUCUGGGAGGGGAGGGGGGGAUUGAUGGGGUCUGGAGCUAAUGGAUGAUGUUCUCACAGCUUGCAAGGAGAUCAACAUACAUGCUAGUCAGUGGUAUUUUCUAAAAGCUGAGGACCUUUAUUGAUUUUCUUGAUGUUUUGACCAGAUUUUGGAGGAUUGGGAAAUUUUCAUGAGAUGAAGUGUAUGAUUUCAGUAUCAGUUAAAAUGAUAUGAUCUACUUUACAGAGCAAGGCUGUUAAUUUCAAUGUGGGAAAAUGAGCAAAAAUUGAAAGAUACAAGAGAUCUAGUAUCACAUGUACAUGAGCACAUACUUUUAGACAUAAUUUGCACUUGCCUUCUUAGAGGUUAUUUUUCUUCCUCUCAUCCCUACCUGUGCCUGGUUUUGCUGGUCUUAGUAUCUGUCCAGGUGUUUUAUUUCCCAGAUGGCUGGCCUUUAGAUUUGUUUGUUAAUAUAGCUAUGUUUGAGUAUUAUUUUAUUAUUAGCUUAUAUCUAUCAUAUAGGAGUUAUGUAUUUGUAAAAACAUUAGUUAAUUAAUAAUCUUGUAACAAUAAAGGCUGUCUUUGUCCCACACAUUGCUUAGUGUUUUGUUUUGUGGUUGAGGACUUCUCUAUAAUGGUAAGUAUAUACAACUGACAUGUAUAAGUAACACAUGUCAAGCAUUAAGGUAUGAUGUGCUUUUCAUUACUUGUGAACAGAUAAUCUUGAGCAUUCUUUGAUGGUUUUUUUAGUAGUAACAAUCCACUUAAAGUUUUCAUAUUGAUUGACAGCUUGAAAUUGUAAUAAAAUUUGCCUGUAUUGUUUGCAAUACAAAUAAUAUUAUGAAAUGGUUUAAAAAAUUCAGUUCCUUAUGUCUGGUAGCUUUGAAAACUUCUGUAUCUUUGCCUGAACAUUAAAGACAUAAGCUAUCAGUAAAAGGUUUUCCCAUUGUAAGUGUUUCAUAAGAUCAAAUUUUAUCUUAUUGUUUUUUUUGGUAUUUGAAAGCCCAAGUAUGUUUUAAUCAUUAAAAUAUAAAUAAAUUCCCCUUUUUAAAACACUUAUAGUGACUGUCAUAUGUAUGAGAAAGACAGCAAAUAAAUAUAACAGUAUUAUACUCCAUCAAAGUGUUCUUGUGUAGAAUGAAGUUUCACACUCAUUGAAAUUAACUUGACUUCCUUAUACAGGUUUGAAAUAAAGAAAUGUGUAAUACCUCUAUAUAGGGAUGAAAAAGCAAUGCCAUUGAAUGUUCCAUAGAGUAAAUGCCUAAAUCCUAUGCAGGGAUAUAAAAGAGACUUUCUAAAAAAAAAACAAGGGCAAUAAUAUUAUAGAUUCAGGAGAAGCAUAUGACAUGAAGUAGUUUACAGACAGAAACCUGUUCCACUGAUUUCAAUCCAGAAACAGAACUCUGGAACUCCUCUCACACUUAAAUUGAAACAUAUUUAAUUAAAUUAUUUACAUGCAGGUUAGGGAGGAAAUUAAAAGAAUGGAUAUAUGUCACACUAAAAAACACAUUAAUUAGCAUUAAAUAAAGCAGAAGUAUAUUAACUAAAUGUUUAUGCUUCUGAAGGCAGCUAUAAUAUUCAUGAAUUAUAUAAUUACAUAUUAUGUAAACCUGGUGCAAUACACAGUAGUAAAUUAAAGCAAUUUUAUUCCAUCCAUCUCUCUUUAAGGGAGCCUAAGUAUGUGUAUUGAAUAUCAAGUUCAGUACCCUCAGUCAUGGUGGCUUUUGUAGCUACAAAAUAAUCAAAUAAUCAAUGAAAUAUGCCAAAUUAUUGAGUUAACAUUUUAUAUGACAUCUGUAAAUGUUGAAUCAUAUGGAAAGUUUAAAAUGUGCUUUACUUGUGAUACAUUGUAAAUAGGUGGAUUUAUUGUUCUUUGUUGAAUCUGUUGCACCUGUGUAUUACCUUGUACAGAUGGUCAUACAGUUGUAAGUCCAAAUUUUUUUGGCUUGAUGGGUCACUACUAUUUUUUAUAGUUAUAGGGCUAAACUGGGCGUGUUUUGUGCACUGCAAGCUCUACUAUCAUACUCAUAUCUGAGCACACAAAAUAUGUUUUUUAUAUUAAUGUUUCCAUCGUGAUAAACAUUUUGGGGAUAGUAGAUGAAAAGGAAAAUAAUAUUCUUUGCUUGUAACUCCCAUUACUGACCAGGACAGAAUUUCUCCUUACCUUGUUGAAACAAUGCCAAGCAGACUAGUGAUGAGAAUAAAGAAAAAUAUAAAUUGGAGGUCGGGUGGAUUAGUUGUUGAUCCAAUACCAAAUUCUCCAAACUCAUAUCAUAAGAAUUGUGUAGCAGACUGAAUGGAGUAUUGCUGGGAGUGAAAGGGAUGAAUAACUGAAUCCCCAAAAAGGUGUAAACCAAAGUCUUAACAGUAACAAAAUGAUCUUUCAGCUCAACUCUGCAUGGAAUGCUGCUAAAAUGUCAUUCAUUUGAAGGCAAAUACUGUAAACGUCCAUGUAUAAGCUGCAUCCGUAGAUAAGCCGCACCCCCAAUUUGGAAGCGCAGAAUUUGGAAAAAAAUAAAAACAAUACAGUGUGAAGUUUCAGUAGAGUUGUAUUGAUACAAACAAUCAAAGUUUCAAAACACUGACAUAGAAGUUGUGUCUAUCUUUCACAUUUAUCAAGUCUAAAGAAAGCGAAACAGAAAAGAAAACAAACAAGCACUGAGUAGCAAAGCUUUAAAUGUUGGGAUGAGCCUGGGCUAGGGCCUGGCCAUCGUCAACUCAGCUGUUCAAGGAUACCACGUGAAACAGAUGUUUGGAAACUCGCAUUAGGCGAAAAACUUCAUGGAGAACAGGAGCCUGAUAAUGCGGUCGACAAAUUUGCCAUGAAGGUAGCAAAAAACAAUGAGAGAUUCCUUGUAUGUUGGUGUUUAGUUGUUCAAGUAAAGCGAAAAUUAAUCGCUUGAAAGAACUCUUGGAUAGCAAGAUUUGCCGAUAAACACUCCAAGACACAAACGGCUCCUUUAGGAGCCACCACUCAAUGAAAAAGUCAAUGAACUACAGCAACAUGCUCUCAGUUUCUUUUAUGUUUAUUUCAUGGCAUUUUAAGAAGUUUUAUGAAUAUUAAUUAGGUUUUUUAGAACUCCAAACAGAUAUAUUCAUGGAUAAGCCACACCCUUGAUUUUUGGCUUCAAUUUAAUUUGUGAAAAAAAGUGCGGCUUAUACAUGGACGUUUACGGUAACAUUGGAAUGCACCUAACAGUAGAAAACAUUGAAGUGUGCUCUGAUUGGCUACUGAAACUUUGCAUAUCCAUAGUGAUUCACCUCCUAGAAAAUUACCUGAAAAUAUUGCAAUCAUCCCAGUAAAAAAUGAGCUAUAUUUUUGUGCAAUAUUAUCUCAUUGUUUUGGUAUAUUCUAAAACAACUAUUCAGCUUAGUGUCAGUGACUAGUGAUGGAUAUUUAUCACUUGCACUUUAGUGAAUAAUUGUUAAUUAUUUCUUUAUAAUUAUAAUACAUGUAUAUACCUUUAGACUGAGGCUUGAAUAAAUUAAAGUGCUAAAAAGAAAAGGUCAAAAGGAACUUCAAAGGAUGCUCCAACUAUCAAGGGGUAACAACUCACUAAAUAUUUUGUCUGUUGAUAUGCAACUUAGCUUGAGAAAAAAGAAAAGCUCACAAUAUGAAUAGUUUUGAUUGAUGCAAUUUUCAUUAUUACCCAUUUAGGAUAUUCAUAGGUAUUUUCAGUUUGUAGCAGACUGCUAAAUGCCUUGGUAUUACAAAGCCACAGAAUAUGACAGUCUAGCUUUCAGCAUCAAUGUUACAUGUUUAAUUGAUUAUUUUAAUAUCCAACAAACUUCUCUCAAGUGACUUUGUUCAGUCUACAUUGCAGGUAGGGUGGGGAAGGGGAGAAUUCAUGACUGUCAUAAUAGUUUGUAGAUCAUGAAUUACAGCACUUUCUUCUCAUCUCAGGUAUUUGGCACAGAAAGUCGCUGGUUGUACUCAGUUGGAUUUGGAUUUGUUGUAGCACUACUGCAAGUCUUGACCCUCCCAUUUUGUCCAAGAAGUCCACGUUAUCUGUUACUCAAACUUAACAAAGAACCAGAGACAGUGGAAGGUAUUGCUGUAUUUGAAAUCCAGUCACAUCUCCUUACUUUACCAAGUAUACAGUAUCAAUGUUUCAGGGUUUUAGAGCUGAUUGGCCCACAACCACUGGGACACAGCUUGUCUUCUGUAGCACUAGUUAAUUAUGAGAAAGGUACAGUAUAAUGCCCUUUUGCAUUGUCUGGCAUUUUUCAGACAGUUUGCUGGUCCACCCAUGUAUAUGUGUACUGUAUACUCCUGGGUGGAGAGAUAGAGGCACUAUCAGAGUUAAGUGUCAUUCCUUUUUGCUUUACAAACAUUGCCAAGAGUACAAAAAUCUCGUAUUUGGUGGAGUUAAUCCAGAAAUUGAAUUUUAUAGUUCAUAGGUUUAUCAUAUUUGCCUUUUUUUCAAAGUUUGAUAAGGAUUCCAAAAUAAAGAAAAAAGAAAAACUGGUCUUACAAAGACUGACAUUAAAAAUUGGAAGCCCAAGACAUUCCUUAUAGGAACAUGUACAUGUACAGAACUUAAAGAAAACUCUGAAAUAAGGAAAAAAUGUAAAAAGCUUAAUUUGUUGUUAAUUUUAUAAAAUCCAUCAGUCAGCUCAUUGGUUUUUGCUAUUGCUAACCACCCCAAGCAUCGAUGAAUUUAUCUUGUGUCCACAUUUUUAAGACAAAAAAGUUUUAGGAAUGUAAAAAGUUUGAAAUAUUUAAUAUGUUUAUUCUUUCCUAGGAAAUCAUUUUAAAAUUAGGCUUUUAAAUUAAGGUAUAAGAUCAUUUGAUUGUAUUUUUUUAAAUAUAGCCUUGACAAUGCUUAGAGGAACCAGUGAUGUAAUGGUAGACAUUCAAGAAAUGAGGGUAAGUUUUUAAAUAAGUUAUCUUUGAAAAAAGGACAAAAGGUAAUCACCAACAGAUCUCUAAAGUUUUGAUAUUGUUUGCAUGCACUUUUAAGGUACACUUAAAAGUAGUUCACUCAAUUAAUUCAUCAAAACAGACUGAAACUCAAUCUUCCACAAGGUUACUGUAAGAGUCACUUAACAGAAAAGGAUUGAUUCAGAUAUCUUUCAAUAAACCACAAAAUUUUGGUGUCCCAUCAAUUGGAAUCAUUCCUCGCAAAAAACUCGGCAUUUCCAAGUUGCAAAUGAUGAAAGAGCUUUAAAUUGACAACUGAUUAAUGUGUUCAUUUUGGUCUGUUCCUGGCUGACAUUUCAAGUGUUAGCCCUUCGUCAGAGCGAAUGGAGGAAUUAUGGGCUGGAAUUAUGAGUUAUGAAUUAUGAAUUAUGGUGGGGAUAUGGUAAAUAGAAAACAAGAAUAAAUUAGUUGAAUGAAAAGUGCUUGUUGAUACUAUGGGGAUUAAGAGUGCCGAUUUGAAAGACAAUUUUUGUUCUAGAGUUUUGCAACUUUCAGAACUGCCUAGACGUAGGGAAAGACCACAAACUGCCAUGUGUUACUUAGAAUGAUUAGGGAGAUUAAAGGGUCUAGCGACUGGUUUGGAUGUGUCUGUCAUUUCUUUCUACGUUGGGAAGGUGUUCUCAGAAUCAGACACCUAUUUGUCCUCCUGUUUCACCAAUGUAUAACUUUUUAUAAUAAGGAAGUCGGGUACCCUACUUCCCUCAAUUGAAGUCUCUGGUAAUAAAUAAGUGUUUUUUUUUUUAUUUUAUGAAAUGAAAAAAGUAGAACUGAAAACAUUUCAGGGCUGGUACAAACUUUCUUGUCUUAGCCAAGUUAAAUGCAUUGAUUUGACCAGUCAAAGAAACAAUUGGGGAAAAGAAAAACAAAUGUUAACUGACUACCAUAAUCACAUUGAAGAAUGCAAACAAUUGGUCUGAUGGUCAGGAAUUAAAGUUGCACUUACCUGACCUUGAGAACACAAGAUAGUUAGGAAUGCUUGAUCAUAGGUUUACCUGAACAUAUACACUUGAGUCUGUAUUAAAUUUUAGAUCUGUACAGUGAAGGUUAGUAUUCAAACAUAAAAGCUGUUGGAUUUACAGAUUGAACAGGAGCAUCAGCUGAGAGAAAAGAGGAUUAGUGUCUUUAAAUUAAUUACAAUCCAAGCACUAAGAAUGCCACUUCUUAUCAGUGUCGUGUUACAGUUAGGACAGCAGUUGAGUGGAAUAAAUGCAGUAAGUUGAAGUUGUGCUUAUGGUAUGUAUGAUGUUUGAAUCACCUAUAAUAAGUAGUGAGAAUAAGUUUCUAAAGAAGCUGUGGUGUUGCAUCAAUUGGGGAUAUUACGAGUGAGAUAAUUUGGUUUUAAUUAUUAACUAAGUCAAACUAGCCCCCGUAAAGAGGUUAUAGAGGUGAGAUUUUUAAGCAUUAGCCCUUUGUCAGAGCAGAUUUGUAUUUGCUCUGAUGAAGGGGUAACACUGCGAGCAUCAGCUUUAGUAUUUCUUUACGGUGGCCAAUUCACUUAAUCAACUCAGUUGAUAAAACCAAAUUAUCUUGUAUAACCAGUAGUGUUUCCCAUUUUUGUGUUAUUAUUAAUAUCAGAAGAAUAUUUGGCUAAGACAAGUUCACAUCUUGUGGUAACCUUGGGGAUGGGAGAAAUCCUCAAUACAACUUAUGGCAUAGGUUGGCCAGGGUAUGUCCAUUUUAUCAGCUCAUUCAUGCUGGAAGCAAUGAAUGAAUUGGUAGCAAUGAAUAAGGUAUCAUGGUGAAGCAGAUGUUGAUAAAAGUUACAUAAGUUACAACUUAUGGCGUAGGUUGGCAAGUGUAUGCCCAUUUUAUCAGCUCAUUCAUGCUAGAAGCAAUGAAUGAGCUGGAAGCAAUGAAUGAGGUAUCAUGGUGAAGCAGAUGUUGAUGAAAGUUGUAGACUGUGGAUACAGGUAUUCUGUAAACAGAAGUGGUAUUGUAGACUGUGAAUGGAGGUAGUCUCACAUGCUACCCCUCCCCACUUAUUGAAAGUCAAAAUUAAUUUCAAUGAAGCUCAGAAACUCAGAAAUAAAAUUUUUGUAUAGUUUAAUAAAAAAUGAUAACCUCAAGACACAUUUCAAACUUCUAAAAAUGCAACUUGAAUUGAGAAGCCAAAAUGUUCACUUCAACACAUACAGUAGAGGCAGCCAUAUUGGUAAGCCAUGCAUUUGCAUUCAUCUUCAGUUGGUAUAAAGUAAUCAUUGUUCUAUCAUUGUGCUUUUCUUUGGGAGCUCUCUAACAUACAGUCCACACAUCAGUCAUAGCGGCCAAGAUAAUCUCACUAAAAUUUUUUUUGAGUUCCAACAUUUCGGUCUAGACUUGAGGUUUGCUUAAACAAAAACAGCAAUACCAAUCUGCUCAGUACAAAAUGCAAAAUGCAGACUGCAGACCAGGUGCAAAAUGUAGACCAGGUACAAAAUGUAGACCAAAAAUUUGUACUGUUUUUUCAUCUGAUAUGUGAUAACAUGUCAUAUUACAACAUACCAAGCAUUACGCAAUUGCUUUUCCGUGAUCAUCUUUCAUGAUUAUUUGCACUAUUAUGGAAUAUCCCUUGACUGUUUCUUGAUCACAAUCAUUCUUAAUAUAAUUUUAAGCCUUCAUAUAGUCCUCUCACUUUGCGUGUGAGUUGGUUGGUGUGAUGUCGUUACAGAUUUUACCUUCCUAAUAAUAGUAGAUGUAGAUGUAAAUGAGAUGUCACCAUUGAAUAUUUAACACAUGUAAUAUUCAAGAAACAAUUGACAGCUUUGCAUGUGGUCUGUACAUUUCAUCAUUCUUUUUAACCAAUAUGAAUUCAUUUUGUUGACAGAAAUGCUGACUGAGACUAAAACUGUUCCUUCUACUUGAUUUACUUUCAACAUUCAGGAGUGUACACACACUGAUUUUCACAUAUGUGCCUUGUAUUGUUAUUGGCUUACAUGUCUUUUGAGGAACUGGCAAAUUUUUCAAGGGAAAAGGAAAGUGUUGCUUUUGUGACUGGCCGUUUGUUUACUUUUCUGUUGGUUUUAUCUCUCAUCUGUUUGGUGACACAAAUAUUAAUGUGUGAAAAUCAGUCCACAUGAAGGCUUAAAAUUCAAUUGAGAAUGAUUGUGGCUGCUUUGUUAAAAACCAAAUGCAAUGACUGCUUUGUUUAAAACAAAAGAUAUCAAGGAAUAUUUCACAAUAGUGCAAAUGAUCGUGAAAGGUGAGGGUUACUAAUAUUUUGCUACUAGAGCAACAUUUGAUGCCUGAUUAUGCCCACCAAGCCCACCCUCCGCCCCACACACACGCACCAACAAAAAGGACACAAUCUGCCUGAUGACCCCUGCCCAUCGCACCUCUAGCCCACACAACUUUUUUUCCAAUUCCCAUCACAAUGAAUGCACAAGUUUUCUUAUCACACAACUUCCCAAAAAUAAAAGUAAAUUUAUUCCACAAGUCUUAAACGUUCACACAAACCAAAUACAACUGUACCUAUAUUCAAUAAGUCCAAGAACUCAUUACAAACUUAAGCCAUAACAUGAAUGAGCUGGCUCCAAGAGCCCUUUGAUUAAAAUGAUACUAAGAACAGAAUGAUAUAAAACCAAUCUUAAAGCCAUGCCAUACACAAAGGCAUCACAUGUCUCUCAGAAAUGAUUCACCUGCUUACUUUACAGAUUGUUGUAGUUUUGCAAGAAGUAUACUCUCACUUAUACUUGAUAGAAUAGGAAAGAGGAAAGCUGGUAAAUUUUAAGCUUGCUUAUGAUGAAAAGAAGGAUGUCUUUUCAUCUGUUUCUGGGUAUGGGACAAGGAAAAACUUGGAGUCUCACUACCACUGCGCCAAUAAGAGACUCUUCAGUGAGCUAAGCCAUUACUAGGUUCCUAUGUGACACAUCUCCUGCAUACUGCUAGGAUCAGCAAUGUUGAAAGUCUUAAGUGAGUGUAUAUAAUAAGAAAGAUCCCUAGUAACUGAUGAUACUGUAGUUUUAGCACUAGCAGUGAAAAGCACUCUUUUGUCAUGUAGGCUAUUCUGUUCAUGCCAACUUAGUAUAGUUGCUGAUCUAAUGCACCUCUCAAAAUUUAAUACCAACUACUCUCUACCCUAAUUUUAUUCUAUUUCUCUCUUAGGUGUUUUAUUAUUCAACAUCAAUACUUGAGAAGGCUGGUGUGGAAGAAAGCAGAGUAGCCUCUUGUGCAGUUGGUGUUGUUAGUGUGGUUAUGACUGCUGUCACAGUAAGUUUGAAAUGAAAUGUUGUGAUAGAUUUUCUUUUAAUAUUUGUCAAUUGUUUUCAGAUCCCAUUUUUAAUUUUUAUCUCCUAAGAAACAGUUUUAAAUCAAGAGAAAAAUUUCAUCAUAAAUGUUUAAGAAUUUUCAUGAGGAAUGCCCCUUUCUAGUAAGAAAAUGCACCCUUCACUUCUAAAAUCUUCAUUCCCCCACAUUAUAAGGGAAAUGGAUAUUUAUUACCAGCUAUAAAAUUAAACCACAUCACUAAGUGCAUGCAAUAUCAAAAUUCUAAGUAUUGAUUAUUUAACCAUAAUAACAGUUAUUGCAAGCCUCCUUCCUGAAUGCUCAUGUUAUGGUACAAUUUAACCAACAGAAAAAACACUAUAUUCCUGAAAACCCAACUACUUUAUUAAAUAACCUGUAAUAUCCUUAUAUUAAAUAACAUGUAAUAUCCUUACUGUGGAGUGACUCCUAAAAAACUCAUCUAAGCCCACUUCAGAUAAUGACUUUGCUCACUGCUGACACAAACUUACAAUUGAAAUGAACAAUCCUCCACAGUAGCUCUUGCUCAUUACAGCUUUCCAAACACUCUGUUGUUCCUGACAACAAUAACUACUACCACAUGACUGAGUCUUUAUAUACAUUCACAAAGUAUUCUAGAACAUUCCAAAAUGUAGAAACUUCAUCUAUGGUAUGCAUUUCAGCAUGACUUCGGCACUGUAACAAUUUCUAGAUACCUAUCUUCACAGUUAUUAUUCAUAACAUCUAGAAGGGUGGACUGAGUAUAUUUCCCCAUAAGUGAUUAUUCCAUACCUUUUGAUCAUCUUUUUCACUCUUUCCAUAUAUUUAGGUAUGACAUGCUCCUGAAGUGACCUACCAUAUCUUCAAGAUUUUUAUCUGACCUUAUGUGUUUCCAAUAUGAUGCAAUUUUUAGGUUAAAACAGUGGAAAUUAUUGGAAGAAGAUCAUUGAUGCUUGUAGGAUUUGGAGGAAUGUUUGUGUUUUAUGCUCUGAUGACAAUAUCCUUUCGUUAUGAGGUAGGGAGGAGUUCUUUUGUCCAUUACAUUUGACCAUACUAAAGUGGGUAACCUCUAUAUCAUGAUGAUCUUUUGCCUAAAUAAUGUUCAAGAUGCAUCUUUUUAUUUACAGAAUUUGUCUGGAAUGAAUUAUGUAUCUGUCAUAGCCUUGUUGUUGCUUGUGAUAUUUUUUCAAGUUGGUCCAGGUAUGUAACAUGAAUGUAACAUGAUUAUAUGUUUCAUGGUUCUACAUCUACAAAGUGGAUAUUAAUUAACAAGCGAUGAAAAUGUAUGGUUAUCAUAAAUAAUACAACACCUGGUUUGUGGUUUAUUUAUGUUUUAUAUGGAAGAGUUUAUUGCAAUCAUUUCUGUUCAUCGUGUAUUAUGGUUUAAUCAAUAAAUCAACAAGUUUGAAGGGCUGGAGGUUCUGAUUGUAACUCUGUUCACAUUGUUGACUAAUUGUUCAGCUGAUACUGAACUGCUAGCAUAAUGUAAAGAUACAGUAUGAAAGGAACAAUACUCUAAAUCUUAUAACCCAUGCAAUAAUUUUCAAGGGAUUAUAUUGGCUACUUAAUGUUAGUAUUCUGUGAAUAAAUACCAUGUUGUAGGGGCAAUUCCUUGGUUCAUAACAGCUGAGCUGUUCACUCAAGGCUCCAGAGCUGCAGCUGUUAGCAUAGCAGGUACUGCCAACUGGCUUUCAAACUUUGUGGUUGGACUUGUGUUUCCAUCAAUGCAGGUACAGUGAUAAUUAUUUUUAUUAUAAUUGGCAUGUACAGCACUUUCCUAUCAGAAUGCCAUAUUUAUUCAAUCCCACUUUUUGAGACUAAAUUGUUCUUACAUUUAGGAUGCAUUGUAUCCCUAUACCUUCCUGGUGUUCAUGGCACUAGUGGCAUUCUCUUUUGCCUUCACGCUACUUUUCGUUCCUGAGACUAAAGGAAGGACUAUUGAGGAAAUAACAAGACUCUUUAAACGUAAGGAUGAGGAGGGUAAGUAUCAUAGCAACAGCCAGAAAAUAUAGAUUAGGAUACCGAGUAGUGUGUGAAACACCACUUUACACAAUGAUUAACAGGCUCCACUGACUGAACCCUCUCACUCGCAAGAUCACAUUAGUAAUUCUCAUUGUUGUCUUUGCAAUAACAAAUACGUGGUGAUAAUUGUAAAUCGAUAUUUUUCUGCCGCAUCUUUUUGUCUUCUUGUUAGCUCUGUCAGGUUAUUGACAUUUUGAAGGGAUGGGGGACCAAUGUAGUGGAUUUCACAUAACACUCGCAAUUUGGAACACUGAAUGGUGAAUAUGAGAGUGAUCUUCGCAGUAAUGAACACUACUUAAGCAGCAGUGAAAAUAAAGGCCUGAAAAAGAUUCAGGCCUCUACGGGAUUUGAACCCAUGAGCCUUGCGAUACCGACGCAGUGCUCUACCAAAGGAGCUAACGGGCCAACAAAUUUAGAGCACUGUUGUUUAAAACUGGAAGUGGAGUUAGAUGAAUAACAUGAAAACCGUACUCAUUGAUAGCAAUUGAUUAAUUUCAAUGCUGAAAAGUUUACAUAAUGUAACCUUGCAGGAAAUACUUCAAGUUCAUGUAGCUGAGGUAAUAGCAGAGAAUGGAUCAACAGAACUUCUUAAUUUAAUGUACACAGUGACUAUGAAUGUGGUACAAGUACAAUAAAUAAUCAGGAUAGAGUUAUUAAACGUUAUUAAUAAGAAAGGUUCGAGAAAUGCUAAUCAAUUGAUGUGCUCUGUCGCGAUUGGAAUGAAAACCUUUUACCUUUGUUUUUACGUAGAUCUGUUAGUUUACCUUGGUGUAAUUAUGGAAAACUAUUUGAUAAAUUUUUACUUGCUGGUUGGUUAGUAAAUUAUACAGAAUUUACCAGCUAUGCAUUAUACUUAAUGAUCGAUGUAAUGAAAAGAUAUUUAUCGUGCAAUGCCGGCACUUAUGCUGUCAUAUUGGAAUGUCUAUGUUUACUGUUGUUGAAAGACUUAAAAUAGAAACAUCUCUGAAAUACCUCACGGCCGUUACAUGAUUUACUAGAUACAGAGUAAUAACGUUUUGACCAGAAUUCAGUCUCGUCAAUUACUUCAAUUCUUUUGCGUUCUCUAAUUCUAAAGAAUAAUAGUUUUAUACGUAUAACUUAUUACCGCAGAC